AUGGUCCCGGGCCAAAAGCAAGUGGAAAUCACCAAAGGCGACAUCUUCGACGACUUGCAGAUGAAGGAUACGAUCUCGACGAGCUGGGACGUCUUGACGUCGAAUCCGCCAUACAUCUCCCUAGACGUCUGGAACAGCGGCCGCGGCCAGAUGGGACAUUCCGUUCGCAAGUUCGAGCCUGCGUUAGCCCUGGUGCCUGGCGCCCAUCUCGAGCCGCCACCGGGGUGGCAAACUUCGGACGUCUUUUACGCUAGGCUACUUGACAUUGCGUACCAGGUCAAACCGAAGCUGCUCCUCCUUGAAAUCGGUGACGAACCUCAGGCCCUGCGGGUGCCUCCACAGCACGAAAACGAUCAAAAGCCGAACAGGGACGCCGAAAAAUCUACCAACGAAAAUUCAAACAAGGAGAACAGGCCAGACGUUCAUGAAGAUGGGGUCAAGCCAGAGGGGUCCAAGUCGUUUCCCCUGCCCCCGGGCUGGAUUUACUUGACCAAGGACGAGAUCAAGCAAAUGCAAGUGUUUUAUCAGGUCAUUCCUGAAGCACAAAGAGCACAGCUAGACGAGAUCCUCAAGGGCAUCCAAGAAACCGGUGCGCCCGCUGAAAUAAGAGAUAUUCUCGCCAAGAUGAGGAUGGGUCCUGGCAACCUGUCCAUCAUGGACAAGGGCCGCCUCAUGCGCUCUGUCUUUGCCAUGGCCGAGCGACUGGCCGCCUGGGAGGUGGAGCAGGAGAAGAAACAGAAUGGCACUUUUACGCAAAACAAGGUUGGCGAGUCCGGGCCACAACCUGGCAACCAGAGCCAGCAUCAGAAUCAAGGACGACCGAACGAUGAAAAUACCAAGACGAUCAACGUCCGAAUCAGCCUCAUGCAGACGGUUCUUCUCCUCGGUAUCAUCAUGUACUCACUAGACUCGUUUGGUGGCUCCAUGUCCCAGAAGCAAAUCACCUGGCAAGAGAUGCGCAAAGCAUUCCUCGACAAGGGUCUCGUGCAGAAGUUGAUUGUCGUCAACGGUUCUCAGGUCCGCGUCGAACUUCACCCCACAGCUGAUCAAGGCGACGACAGGAGACAGUAUGUCUUCUCAAUUGGGUCAGUAGAGUCCUUUGAGAAGAAGCUGGAAGAGGCUCAAGAUCAGCUCGGCAUCCCACAAAGCGAGCGCAUUCCCGUCAGCUACGAGGCCGGUGGCAGCACAAUAGGCAACGUUCUCCUGGCAUUUGGCCCGACGCUACUAUUCAUCGGCCUGAUUCUGUACACGCAACGUUCCAUGGGUGGCCGAGGUGGUGCUGGCGGCAUGUUCAACUUUGGCAAGAGCAAGGCGAAGAAGUUCAAUGCCGAGAGCGCCGUCAAGGUCAAGUUUGCUGAUGUCGCUGGUCUCGAGGAGGCCAAGACGGAGAUCAUGGAGUUUGUCAGCUUCUUGAAACAACCCGAGAAGUUUGAGAAGCUUGGUGCAAAGAUUCCCCGUGGUGCCAUUCUGGCCGGCCCUCCCGGUACUGGUAAGACUCUACUUGCCAAGGCCACCGCUGGCGAGUCUGGUGUGCCGUUCUUCAGCGUCAGCGGUUCCGAAUUCGUCGAAAUGUUUGUCGGUGUCGGGCCUUCGCGUGUCCGUGACCUGUUCGCCGAAGGUCGCAAGAACGCACCCUGCAUCAUCUUCAUUGAUGAAAUCGACGCCAUCGGUCGGGCGCGACAGGACAGCGGCAAGGGGUUCGGGGGCAACGACGAACGCGAGGCCACUCUUAACCAGAUUCUGACAGAAAUGGACGGUUUCAACACAAGAGAGCAAGUCGUUGUGCUUGCGGGUACCAACCGUGCUGAUGUGCUGGACAAGGCGCUGAUGCGUCCUGGUCGAUUUGACAGACAUAUCUACGUCGACCGGCCCACGAUGAGCGGACGUCAGGAAAUUUUCAGAGUCUACCUGAAGAAGAUUGUGACGAGCGAGGACAUUGACCACCUUGUUGGACGCCUGUCGACCCUCACUCCUGGUUUCUCUGGCGCUGACAUCUCCAACGUUGUCAACGAAGCUGCCCUGAUUGCCGCCCGUGCUAACGCCGACGAAGUCAAGAUGGAGCAUUUUGAGCGCGCCAUUGAACGUGUCAUUGGUGGUCUUGAGCGCAAGUCUUUGGUGCUCAAGCCCGAGGAGAAGAAGACUGUUGCCUAUCACGAGGCCGGCCAUGCCAUCUGCGGCUGGUUCCUGCAACAUGCCGACCCCCUGCUCAAGGUUUCAAUCAUUCCUCGCGGCCAGGGCGCUUUGGGUUAUGCUCAGUACCUGCCGCAAGAUGCCUACCUGAUGAGCACGAGCCAGCUCAUGGACCGCAUGGCCAUGACCAUGGGCGGACGCGUCUCUGAGGAGCUGCACUUCCCCACGGUCACAACCGGAGCCAGCGACGACUUCAAGAAGGUCAGCCAAUUGGCACGCAGCAUGGUCACGCAAUGGGGCAUGUCCGACCUCGUCGGCCCCGUCCAUUUUGACAACGACCCGAACCGCAUUUCCAAGCCCUUUGCCGAGUCUACGGCGCAGCAGAUUGACCAAGAGGUGCACCGGAUAGUCGGCGAGGCCUACAAGCGCUGCAAGGAUCUCUUGGUGGAGAAGAAGCGAGAGGUCGGCCUCAUCGCGGAGGAGCUGCUCAAGAAGGAGGUGCUCGUGCGUGACGACAUGGUACGCAUCCUGGGCAAGCGGCCGUUCGAGGACAACGAGGACUUUGAGAAGUACUUUGGCGGCAGCAAGGAGCAGAGCGCGCCGCCACCGUUCCCGGGUGACGGCGAGGUGGCCGCGCCUGGCGCUGACGCACCGCAACCGUCGCCGGCUUUCCGCGAGCUGUCGGGAUCGGAGCAGAGCAGACUAUGA